AUUGAUUUGUGAAAAAAAUGACACUUUGGCUUUUCCUUUUGAUGCUUGGCGCCUAUAAAUUUCAUAAUAUUACGAUAAUGACAAACACUAUGGAAUGGCUACUUUAUUUUUUAAAAAAUGCCAAUGACUAUCAACGUUUCUUUGAGUGACCUCCCCGAAAGCAUUCUUAUGUAUAUAGCAGGUUUUCUGUGUCUCAAGGACUUUUUCACGCUUUGUUCUGUAUCCAAAAACUUUGCAGACAUAUUCAGUAAAUACUUAAAAACUGGGUCAGACAGAUAUUAUAAUGAGUCUUUUACCUACAAAGCAGGUAUGUCAACCCGAAAGUUGAGUCUUUCCCUCAUGAACAAUUUAGAGGAACGCUAUCCAGAGAACCUUGAAAAAAAUAAGCAACAACUGCUUUAUGCCACUUUAAUAGCUUUGGAAAAGGUACAUUCAAGCUGAGAGGUACCCACUGGCAUCUAAGAUUUAAAUACAGGCUCAUGUGGAUACUUUUCCAAUAUCAUACUUGCCUUAUUCUUUGAAAGUCUUCUUGCACAACCAGCUGAGAGAUGGCUUGUUUCUAGCCGAAAAACUGUUGAUUUCUCGAUAUCUCCUACAUCACUUAGCUAAGGAAGUAAGUAAUGAAAACAACUUGUCUUUCAUCUUGGCUUCAAAAGCUAUAAAUAUUAGAACUCGUUG